AUGAUAGAGAGAGAAGUGAUCCCUUUCAUGUUGGUGUUUGUGGCUACAAUUGUAUUCGGUACAACGGGAAAUAUCAUCGUCCUCUACGCGUUCAUCAGCAUUGCUGUGAAAAACAAACGUUUCCCUCCGCUGGACAGAGUGAUCGUGAACAAGACAUUCGUCAACUUGUUGCUGUGCUUCUACCAAGGCAUCCCCAGAAUGCUGACGUGCUACAGGGGCGAGUUGCUGCAGGAGACUGGCUGCAUUAUUCUGGUCUACCUGAGCUCUUCGCUCAGAUGCAUCAGCAUCUGGUCAGUUUCCAACCUCAGUUUCCUUCACUUGAUCCAGAUCAAGAGACCCAACUGCGCGUUGGUCAAUUACAUCCGCAGCCACCAGAGCAGAUAUGUCAAUGUUACCAUCAGUGCCCUGUGGCUCACCAGCUUCAUCUUCUACAUCCCUUACACCAUGGACAAAAUAAUCCGCUUGUCGCAGGAGAACCAGAACGGAUCAACGGGAUACCUGCCCAGCUCCAGCUGCAACGGCCUGGCCAGCAGCUCGGCUUCCGACAUCGUGACCUAUAUUUCGGUCAGCAUGGAUCUAGUCGCCAUCGUCUGGGUGGUCGUUCUGAACGGUUUGAUCAUUCAGCUUCUCUGCAAGCACCGAAGGAGGGUGGGGGCGGCAGGGCAAGGGUUAAAUUCCGGGAACAAGACCACCAUGCAGGCCACCAGGAUCCUGGUCUCUCUGCUGUGCAUCUAUGUGACCUGUUGGAUCUCGAACGACAUCGUUUGGAUUAUGCUGAUAGGAAAUAUAACGCCCGAUCAAGCUCAGAAUCAGACUCUGAAAUACACCUCCAGUUUGAUAUCCUCACUCUAUUACACGGCCAGCUCGUAUGUCUUGGUUUUUGGGCACAGGCAUGUCAAAGAUAUGUUCACUCCGUUCUGCAAGCGUUUGAAACAAAGGAAAGGCACACAUUUUCAGGAUGUGGAAAUAUAG